GUAAAUACACAACAAAACUUCUUUUGGUGAAAGAGUUGGUGAUCUCAAUGUGAAAAAGUUUACCUAUUUAUUGUUGAAAUUUAGGCUUAUUCAAGUCGAAAAGCCGUGAUCAUUGAAAAGAAGAGUAUAAAGUAAAUGGCCGCUCAACCACCUUCAUCGGCUGUGCGAGCGUUACAGCUGGAGCUAAAGAAACUUACCGAGGAACCAGUCGAAGGAUUCGUCGUCAAUGUGCCAGAUGAGAGCAACUUAUUCGAAUGGGACGUAGCGAUUUUUGGUCCUCCAGGUACUCUUUACGAGGGUGGUUACUUUAAGGCACACAUGUCCUUCCCUCCUGGCUACCCAUACUCACCACCAACGUUUCGCUUUCUCACGAAAAUGUGGCAUCCUAAUAUAUACGAGUCCGGUGAUGUGUGUAUUUCAAUUCUACAUCCCCCGGUUGACGAUCCGCAAAGUGGUGAAUUACCUUCCGAGCGAUGGAACCCGACACAAAAUGUCAGGUACGUAUAAAAUAGCCUUCCAGUCAGUUUUUCUUUUACUGAAAAAGACUUAGGCUUUCUAGUGUUCAAGAAGGUAUCCGUUACAUACAGAAAUAGCUUUCAACUAGAUUGUAAUACCAUCACAAACCAAACGCCAUAUUAUUUUUGGUACAAGAAAUGUACAUACGUUAAAGCAUACGACUUAUAUUGGAUUUCUUCUUGAUAUCUCGAAUGUUAUUUUGCUUGCUUUUAUGCCAGAAAGUGUUUUUCAGCUUGUCUAUCAAAGGGAGACUGUCAAGGUUUUGUGUUUUGGACGCUUGAAUGAUAAUUCUAUGCUCUGGUGUGUUUAUUUGUCGGCAUGUUUUCUUGUCACACUGUCAAAACGUGGUUAGGAUUUUGCAUGUAUUGUGGUCGUUCUGGUUUGCAUUUUCAGCCCAAUGAAUUACGCACAAGUUCUUCUUAGCGAUUGUACAUUUAGUAUAAGCUUAAAGAUGUAUCUAUCACAAAUCACUGAAAUAAAACCAAUCUCAGUUGGAUCGUAGGAGCAGAUAUGUAUAUCAACAUUAAAGUUUCUGAAUAAACACCGGUUCUGAAUUUUUAUUAAUUCUGCAGGUUGCCGGUAGUGUAUUGUACAGUUUGACAGAAUGUUGCACCUACCGCUCUAAAAUUAAGUUCUGAGCCAAAAAUGAUAUUCCUCUAAUAGGCUGUGACAAAUAUUUUAAUGCUUUCCAAAUUUGCUUGCAAUUAAUAACAUGAUAAUUGUGUAUUGUAAACCUUGGAUGCUAAAACAGAAAUCCUUGUGACUGACUAGAUCUAGGCAGUACAAAAUUAUUAGGAAAUAAAUCAUAGCUUUAAUUACUACUGUAUUUGUUUCCAAAGGGUGAGAAAACUUUAGAUUUAAAAAUUAUCUUUAAAAAAAUUGUGUUUAAUCAGCAGUCACUGGUAAUUGGGGGAACAUGUUUGAUGUAGGACCAUGCAGUGGUAUUUUCCAGAUUUUUUUCUUCACGCUUUCAUGUAUUGAAACAAAAUUGUAGUUCUUGAUGAGUAUGGAUAAAGAGACAUGUGAAAAAUGGAAACAUAAACCACUGCAUUCAUAAACAUCCUUCAAAUUUGGCCAUUUGAAUUUUUAUCCUGUCAAAUAUCUUUGAUUUUUGCAUGUAAUUUAUUAGUGAGCCAGUGUUAUGGAUAUUAUUUGACACUGGACAUUGGACACUGUAUUUGGACAUUGGACGUUAAACACUGGAUUCCAAAUCAUUUAAACCCUGAUUACCUUUGAUUCCUGUGAAGCAUAAAGUGGUCAAUACUGUAGCAGUGUGUGCUUGGCAUGUAACUUGAUGAAUUAAUGCAGCUUAGAGCAUUAACCAGUUUUAAAACAAAUCCACUUACAAUGGCAAGAAAUAGGAAAAAAACUGAAUUAAUUCUCUGAUUGAAGACAGGACGCUGGUAGAGGAAAUAACCAAAAUUGAUGUUGUGUUCUGUGAAGCUUAGGUUUUUUUACCAAACCCCUCAUUUGUGGGGAAAUUCAGGAGCAAUUAAUAAUUCACAUUCCACUAAUAAUCAGAUUGACACUUGUUGUACACAGCAGAAGCAUAGCGAGCAUUCCCAUACAAAGAGUUCUUCCGCAUUCUGGCUGUGUGUAAAUUGGAGUGAAAGCAAAAAAUUGACGAAGCAGAGGGUGGUGGGGCGAGAGUGGGAGAAUGCUUGCCCGCAAACCUCUCGAUUUUGAAAAACCUGUCUGCCCAAGUAUGGGGUUCCUGAUUGGUGUGGCAUCGUCAUCACGAUUGACAAGUGUAUCCAAUUCGCUUGAACGUUUUCAGGAAUUAACUCAAGUGUGACUUGCACAAUACUGUGGUGGAAGGUUUGAGAAAUUGUGCUAGCCUCAGUGAAGAUUUAUUAGACUUGAGGUGAAUGGUAUUCAAUUUUACUCAGAAGACACCAUCUGUUAGAGGGUAAAGACUUGGUGGCUGUAUUACCGCUGGAUUCGACAAAAGCUUUUAAAAUCUUCCAGCUGCUGUUUCAAUUGAUCGAAUGUGCUUGAAGAUCAAACAGGAACCAGGGAAGGAGAACCAAUCUUUGAAAGUCUUAUUUUGCAACCUCGCUUAGCUUUACUGAGUCGAUUUUUGUGCCCAGAUAAUGCCAGACCGAAUUUUAGAAGCCUGUGACUGGUUGUUGUUUUCCCUACAAAAGUGAAUUUACUUGCACUGACAAUUUUCAAAGAAAGGCUUGUGAUUUCUGGUUGGUUCUAUAAUUCAACAGUUAAAUAUUUUUAAUUUUCUAGCAGCAAGAGAAUGAAAUAACCGUCAAGCCAAUGAAUGGUUGAAGUUAAACCAUAGGAAAAGCUGGCCUUAAGCCGAACAUUUGAAUUUGAUGUUGCCCUCCAAACGAGUAUGUAGAUAGCACUAUAAAAAAGCUUGCAGUCAAAUCUUUCUACACUAUGAACAAACAGAAAGCAUUUCUUUCCUUAUUUCUGAACAAUUGGGGGUAUUUUAUUGUUAGUGCUAUUCUGGCACCUCUCAAAAAUAUAAUUUUAGUGCUUGGUGACAAGUUGUCAUUCAAUAAAUGAACUCAAUGGUGAAAACCAGUGGGCAUUUUUCAAAAUCAAGGGGUUUGCGGGCAAGCGUUCCCUCGCUCGCCCCACCAUCCCCUGCCUCGUCAAUUUUUUGCUCUUGCUCCAAUAUAUGUGUUGCCAGAAUGCGGAAAAGCUAGGGUGAAGCAUGGUAUGAUGAUAUUGUUCUUGUUUUUGACUUGGUUGAAGCUUCGUUUUGAUCGUAGUAAAACUAAUUUUAGUUCUAACUAUCUUCUAAGAUUCAAAAGUAGUCACAGCUAAUAGUCACUUCUUUACUUUCAUCUUUAGUUAUAGUAUAGCUCCAUCCCAAAUUUAAUUUGGGUGUGCUAAAUUAUGUUGAUUAAGUACAAAGCUUAAAAUGACGAUGGUUUACAAAAGUGAGCAAUUAGAUUUUAAAAAAGGCCCAUUUUUCUGACAAAAUACUU